UGCUCGGCUUCAAAAUAAACGAAAGAAACGAAAGUGUUUUCCGCAAAACUUUUCAAAUUUUUGGAGUUUAAUUGUGCGAAAUGUUGCGUACACUUGCUUCUGCGUGUGGAAAGUCAUCUCGGCAGUUGUUGAAGAAUUCUCUGGUUCUUCGAGGAUUAGCAACACAGGCUGAGUUUGAUAUUGAGGAAUGUAAACUCCACAGACUGGAUAGUGGACCUCCAGUCAAGGCAACCCUGACACGGGAGGAUGGCCUGGUCUACUACAAGCAGAUGACAAUGAUCAGGAGAAUGGAAAACGCUGCUGACAGGUUGUACAAAGCAAGGGUCAUCCGUGGCUUUUGUCACCUGUAUUCUGGACAGGAAGCAUGUGCCGUUGGUAUGGAACAUGCCAUAGACAAGGAUGACAGCGUUAUCACGGCGUACAGAUGUCAUGGUUGGACUUACAUGAGAGGGAAAUCCGCAUUGGAGGUCCUCGCUGAAUUAACUGGUCGUGUGAGCGGUACAACCAAGGGUAAAGGAGGAUCUAUGCAUAUGUAUGGACAUGAGUUUUACGGUGGUAAUGGCAUUGUUGGUGCACAGGUUCCUCUUGGUGCUGGUGUGGCCUUCGCUCACAAGUAUAGAAACAAUGGAAAGAUUUGUCUCACUCUAUACGGAGAUGGUGCAGCCAAUCAAGGACAGCUUUUCGAAACAUUCAACAUGGCGAAACUGUGGGACCUUCCGUGCGUAUUCAUUUGCGAGAAUAACCAGUACGGCAUGGGAACGGCCGCUAACCGCGCCUCAGCAGUCACUGACUUCUACACCCGUGGAGAUUUCGUUCCUGGGAUACAGGUUGACGGUAUGGACAUACUUGCUGUAAGGGAGGCGACCAAGUUUGCCGCAGAUUAUACCAGAUCUGGCAAGGGUCCACUUCUAAUGGAGUGUGUCACAUAUCGUUACUACGGACACAGUAUGAGUGAUCCAGGCGUGAGCUACCGUUCAAGAGACGAGAUUCAGACUGUAAGAAAAACCCAGGAUCCAAUCGCUGGAUUAAAAGAGAAACUUCUCGAAGCAGAUCUUGCUACCGCCGAUGAUAUUAAGGCAAUUGAUCAAGAGGUGAAGACGGAGAUCGAAGAGGCAGUUGAAAAGUCUAAGACAGACCCAGAGAUCGCCCUUGACGAGUUGUACAAGGAUAUCUACAGUGGUGGUAUGGAGGGGCAUGAUAUCCGAGGAUGUGACCCCAUGACGUUGGGGAAACACAACUGAGAAGAUGAUAUCAUUAUAAGGUGAACAACAAUAUCAGUUUUAUAAUCCGUAUUUUGGCAUGGAUUUUUGCUGCCCAGAUUGUGAUACAUCAUAGAGCUUAUAUUAUCCAUAGGUUGUCAGAGCACUGAUCUGAAAGUGCACUAAUGAGACACCGGUAGUAAUUCCAUGUCCAGUCCAAUAAAUCCUGAAUAGACGAAUCAGGUUUUAGAUUAGGUUUACGGUUGAUUAGUGUCAAUCCUAAUCAAACUCUAAUCCUAACCUAAUCUAUAGGAUUAAAUUCGUUUAUUUAGGAUUUACUGAACACGGAAUUAUUACCGAGACAGCACUAAUACUUCUAGAAUACAAUUUAGUGAGAAAAAAAUUGAGAGGUAAUUAUGUUCUUGUCAUUACCAGCAGCAAGGAGGAAUUUCGUUUUGAACAAAUCCGCAUAUUUGUUUACAUUUUUCAGGCAGAGCCAAUCAGAAUUCCUAAAUUUUUUCUACUUCAUGUAAAAUGGCAAAUGAUGUAACUUUUUACCGGGAGUAAUUAAGAUUUACGCAUUCUGAUUGGCUUACUGAAAUGUAAACAAAUAUGCUGAUUGGUCUAAAACGAAAUUCCACUUUGUUAUUAUAAGCAGCAACCAUGCCUAAUCUUGUGAUGACAAAAUUAUUUGACUACGAUUUUAUUUCCUGUAAAUUUUGUCAGAAUUAUAUGGCUACGUCUAUUUGAUAGCCCACUGUGGUUUUAUUAUCGUUGUAUUAUGCGAGUUGAACAGCAAUUUAGAGCCUGCCAAGAGUUCGAACAAAUAAUGUUUAAACGCAUUUUGUUUGAGUAUUUUCACUGAGAUAUGUCGUUCUAGCUUUCAUAGUCCCCCAAAUAAAAGCCUAUAAAGGCCCGUUUACGCCGUUUACACUUGCAAUUUUUGGUGCGAGGCUGUGAAAACCUGCCUUGAAUUACUUUUGGCUUUGGUAAAAUGGCAAAUGGUUUAACCGGAAAAAAACCACGCUUGAUUUUGUUGUUGUUCGAAAAAUUUGUCCGAUGAAAUAAACAGCUUACAAAAAUUCACGUUAAACAUCUGCACUCACUGAAAAGCCCACUCAAAAAAUAUAUGUACGAGUGGGCUUUUUGAACACAGAUGUUAAGCGUGAUUUUUUUAACUGUUUAUUUCAUGUUUUCACGGAUAGAAAUUCUGAUUUCUCUGAUAAUUUUAAUGCCCCUUCUGAUAGAUUUCUUUCAAGUCAGUUAAUGGGAAGAUUUAACGUGAAAAAAACAAAAAUCAAGCUCUUUUAUUCAAGUGAAAAUAAGGUCUCCCACUCAAUGAGUUACAAUCGUUACUCAUCUGUAUUAUAUUACAUAAAAACAAGGGGAGAUAUGAAAUCUCGGUUGAACAUUCUGGAAGGACCUUGUGUGGGGGGUUAUCCCCAUACAUCCCCUGCAGUCAUGCGGGUGCACGAUCAAGAUAUGCCUAAACUAAACUACCGACAAGAACCGACAGACAGACUUUCACGGUAAACCGGAAGUCAGUAUUUAUGCAACGAACCAAUCAACGAUCAGCGGAUUGCACAACAUGUUUCUGAUUGGUCCAAAGCCUGACGAACACACAUAUAUUGGAAUAUUUGGGAGGCCUUCGUUCACUUGACGCAACCUUGGAGGCGGAGAUAUCGUGGGGAACUCUUAGAAGGGCAAAGCAAUAUAAUCAUGAAUACGCAACUUUACGUCGUAGUUUUCCUGUUCCUCGCUGCUAUUAUCGUCGAGUCGUCAGCAACUCAAAACUCUACCAACGUAUCUGUCGCGACACAAGCGACAUUAACUCCAAAGCUAAAGUCAACGUACACGGUGGUUGUACAGGCGACGGCUUCAGAUGCGGUGGUUUCACAAACACAAGCUCCGACGAACCAAGCCAAAACCAAUGUUACUGCAUCAAUGAAUCAGCCGUCAAGCUCCGUUGUUCCGACAACAAAAACGAAUAGAACUACUCCGACAGGGACUGCUACAAGCUUCAAAGCAAGUCUACCAUGGUUUAUCGUCGCCGCGUUUACUUUCUUCUUGUAGCCGAAAUCUGUGAGCAAAAUCCCGGUGAUGAAGAUGCCUUGAGAUGUCGUGCUGCUUUCGUUGACAAGGCAGAGGUGUGAAGACAAGAUUAGGCGUGUGCACUUGAAAACAUUGAGAUUUUAAACAUUAACUUAACUUAAAGAAACAGUUAGCAACUUUUAUAGGAAAUCUAGGAACUAAUGCAGUAAAUUGAAUAAGAAAAAUUAAAUGGUAUAUUUCGAAUGUA